AUGAUUAUUUUAUUUUCCACUGCUAAUUUCCUAAAAAAUCUUCUUUUCAAGGUGACGGGUUUUCAAUUGUUUAUUAAUAACAAUUAUAUACUAACACUAAUUAACACUAACUGUUACUUUCAGUCACUGGGCAACCACGAGUUCGACCAAUAUGUGGAAGGAUUAGUGCCAUUUAUCAAAAACUUGACCGCACCUGUUUUGGCAGCCAACCUCGUUUUAGACAAAGUACCAUCUCUGCAGAACCUUGAAAACUUAAAAAAAUCAAUAAUAAUAGAGAUAGAUAAGGUUAAAAUUGGUAUUAUUGGAUAUUUGACGCCAGAGACAAAAACUCUCGCUCCUGGAAACGACGUUGAGUAUGAAGACGAAGUAGUAGCCCUCAGGAGAGAGGUACAGAAAUCAGAGAACAAAAUGUUAACAUUAUUGCAUUUAGUUUUUGACUCAAAUGGUGAAAUUACUCAAUGCGAUGGCGCUCCCAUAUUGUUAAAUAAAGACAUUACAGAAGAUGAUGACCUUGUCCACAUGCUUGAAGCACAUUCAGACGAAAUGAACAAGCUGAUGAAAGUAGUUGUUGCGUACUACCGUACUGGCACACUGCAUAUACUCACCAUGAACGGAACAGUGCUCAAAGAAACUCUGGAACACUCAGUGUCUCAAUGGUCUGAUAAAAAGGGAAAGUUCCUACAAGUUUCUGGAAUUGAAGUCGUCUAUGACUUGGCGAAACCUGUCGGUAAUCGCGUUGUUCAAGCUAAAGCUGUGUGUUCUCAGUGUGGACACGCAAUGCGGGACGUAAAUAAUGACGAUGAAUACAAAGUCAUUAUGCCUGAAUUCAUUGCCAAACAAGGUGAUGGUUAUGAGAUGUUCGCGAAUCUCCCUAAAACUGUACUCCCUUAG